UCUAAAAGAUAUAUUGACCUUAGUAAACCUGGGAUAUGAUUUUUGAAUUUAACAGAAUGGCUUAGCCCCUAUCUUAAAAUCUUGCACAGAUGGUAUGAUUGUGUUAAGUGCUACUAAUCUAACAUUUAGUCUACAUAACAAGUUGGCUGGUACAGUAGUAAACCACGUUAUUCAAAAGAGAGGUCUGCAAAAUCGUCCAACUAAUGCAGAUAUAUUUGAAUCAGCAAAUGCCAUUGUUGCACAUUUUCCUUCAGAAAAGCUUGAAACAUGGUAUACUGCACCUACAUUUAAAAAAAGUAUAGCUGGUGGAAAGCUGACAGAAAAGCUUCGCAAUACUUGGAGAAAUAUUAAAUCGGUUGGGAUUUUAAAAAGUUCAAAUGAUCAACAAUUAGUUGAAGAACACGAUAGCAGUGAUGGUAUGCUUUAUCUUAUAUUAAAUUAUUUUAAAUAGUAGUUUAA